AUGAUGAUGCCGUCACUUGCAAAACGAUUGCUUCCUCCACCCGGUGAUAAAGAAGCUGCAGCGUCGCCAAAGAACGACGACAAUGGCACGAACGAGGCCUCAUCCACUACUACGAGCCGCUGGCAAGGCAACGCCAGUUUCAAGAGCACAGCCUUGACGACAUGGUGCACCAAGCAACGAAAGCAGCUUAUGAUGCUCCAUCGUCGUGCUGGAGCGGAUACUGCCAUGACAGCAGUCGCUUCCAAGCUCUUACGCCUUGAAAAGUCUACUUCGGCAAUGAUAUCGGGUCACCACCAUCACAGACAGCAAGAAAUCGAUGAAGCUGAAAAGCAGCACCACGACGACACUGAGCAUCCUCACCACGACAAACAACAGCAUAAACAAGAGCGUGUUCCAUCGAGUGCCAGUGAGCCUGUGCUGCGCCAAACAGUAGCACGUAGCACGGACGAAAGCAAGCUCUCGCCCAAGGUUGCGCUGUUCGAACGGGCUACCGAACUGGGAUGGAUCAAGAAGGUGUUUCGUCGAAAUCGCACUCCUGCUGACGGCGCCACUGGAGCAGCAUUCAAAGGAGGGAAAGCAGCCAUCAUUCCGCCUGCAGAUUUUCCCAACGAGAGUACCAUGAAUAUCUGCGCACUUGUUGAGCAAGGCCACGGCUCUGGCAGUUGUGAAAAGACGCAGCAUCGGAGUGAAAGCAGUAACGAACCGCAUUUGCCGAUUUAUAACACGUUCAACGGUGUCGUGGCUUCAGAGGAAGACACGGUCGAAGAGCCCCAAGACGCAAAUUCGUGCGAGUUCAGCGCAUACUGCGAUAAAGUCCUGUUUGGCAGAUACACUUUAUAA